AUGUUUAUGGAGGCAAAUACAUCUGUUGAAACCAAUGAAUUAGACAACAAUCCGUUUAUGGCAACAGCAGAAUUUUUGAAUGAAGCAACUUCAACAAAUUUGAAUAAUAUAAGCAAUAUUGAUGAAUUACUGGAAUCGAAAACGUUAUUACCUACUGUGAGUGUUACAGAUAAUAAUGUGGCAACGGGAUCUAGAGGAGUUAGCAUUUCAGAAGCAGUAAAUUCAGAGCAGUUGAAUGCUAGUACGAAAAGUGGAAGCAACUAUCUGCAAACAAUCCUUAAAGCCAAAAAAGGAUCUCAAAGUGGAAUAGCUUUGAUCUUAGCAAAAGAAUCAUUCGAGGUGAAAAAAAAGGAUGCAACUGCAUACACUCCAAGAGUAGCAGUAAGAGUAAAAACUGGAAAUUCAACAGGAUCAGCUCCAGACGUAAUCGUAGAAAUAAAAAUUGAAAAUGCAACUAAAUCUGUGCUAGAUGAAGCAUCAGAAGCAGAAGAUAGAAACACAACAGGAAUGAUUCAAGAUUGGGCAAGAAAAGUAGAAACAGAAAAUACAACAGAAUUAUUACCCAGAUUAACAGAAGGAGUAGGAAUUGUAGAUGAGAGACAGUCAAGUUCAAAAGGAGUAGAAGUUGGAAAUGUCAUAGACGCGCUUCCACAAAAAGCAGCAGAAUCAAAUUCUGGAAAUACUACAGAACCAAUUUCAGAAGAAGAGCCAGAAGUAGAAGAUAUAACUGCUACAGCAUCUGUUUCAGAUGAAAUAUUAGAGACACAAGUCAAUAAUGAAACUGAGACAAUUUUACAGAAAGCAAUGGAAGUAAAAAAUGAGAGUACAAUGGGACUAGUUUCAGAAGGACCAGGCUCAGAGCAACCAAUACCAAUGAUUACAGCACAAUUGAGUAGUGUCUCGCAGCUGCCAGCUGUUAUUGAGCAUGCUCCUACUCUAGAGGGUGCAACUUAUGUAAAAACAGAUGGAAUACCAAAAUCAUGUCGUUUGCAUGCAGAUUGUUAUGAGUUACGUGAACCCAAAAGUUGGUGUGAUUUAAAAGCUGACGAAAACUGGACUGAUGAAGGUUGUUUCUGUCAUCGUACGCUUGGAUCAUGCAUUGUGAAAAUAAGAAAGAAUGAUCAACUAUACUAUACAGAUUGCCUUCCUCGAAACCUUUGGAAAUGUGAAUUUGGCGUUAAUACAGAAGAUUCAAAGUAA